GCUAUGUAACCACACUAAAGUGAGCAACAUAUGACGAGCCUGUAUGGUGGGACAAGAUGCAUACUGUAGCACUGUGAAAAGAACUGUUUUAGAAUUGGGUCACCAUAUCUAAAACAAAAGCUAAUGACAGAGAUGGCAUCCUACAAAUGUGAGAUAAUAGCAGAAGACAGAUGUGGAUGGAAUGAGCCACAAAGACAAAGUGCUUUUGGAAUUGCACACGGCAGGAGCUAAUACCAUUUGUAAACAUGGUGGAAAGUAGGCAGAGAGGAUUUUGUCGAGAGUCUUCCACAGAACAUGAUCCACCUCCUACUACAGAUGUCGAACAGAUGAGUUUCUCAUCUCCUGGGCUUCCCAUGAACUCUGUGGGCAAUGACCGGGUUGAUCAGCGAACCUGCCUUAUCUGUGGAGACAGAGCUACAGGUCUGCACUAUGGUAUCAUCUCCUGUGAAGGCUGCAAAGGGUUUUUCAAAAGGAGCAUUUGCAACAAGCGGGUUUACAGAUGCAGUCGAGACAAGAACUGUGUCAUGUCACGCAAACAGCGAAACAGAUGCCAGUAUUGCAGGCUGCUCAAGUGCCUCCAGAUGGGAAUGAAUAGGAAAGCAAUCAGAGAAGAUGGCAUGCCAGGAGGCAGGAACAAAAGCAUUGGACCUGUUCAGAUAUCAGAGGAGGAGAUUGAAAGAAUUAUGUCUGGACAAGAAUUUGAGGGGGAGGCAAACAUCUCUUGGAGUAACAAUGGAGACAGUGACCAUAGUUCUCCCGGGAAUGGAGUUUCUGAGAGCAACCAGCCAUCACCUGUUUCUACUCCAUCUUCAAGUAGGUCUGUGGAGCUGAAUGGAUUCACUGCACUCAGGGAUCAGUAUAUUGGGACUCCAGUGUCCACGCACUAUCAGUACCUACCGCACCUUUUUAACUACUCUGCUCACUCGGCUCUGAUGCCCCCACAGACCCGAAGCCUAGAUCCCCAGUCACAUAGUCUUAUCAAUCAGCUAGUGUCAGCUGAGGACCUGGAACCACUUGGCACUCCAAUGCUUAUUGAAGAUGGGUAUAAAGUGACUCAGGCCGAGCUGUUUGCAUUGCUGUGUCGUUUGGCAGAUGAGUUGCUUUUCAGGCAGAUUGCUUGGAUUAAGAAGCUGCCAUUCUUCUGUGAACUCUCAAUCAAGGACUAUACUUGCCUGCUAAGUUCCACAUGGCAGGAGCUGAUUCUGCUGUCCUCACUAACCGUUUACAGUAAACAGAUCUUUGGUGACCUUGCUGAUGUAACCUCCAAGUACUCUCCCUCUGACGAUGAGCUGCACAGAUUCAGUGAAGAGGGAAUGGAGGUGAUGGAACGGCUGAUCUACCUCUACCGCAAAUUUAACCAGUUGAAGGUCAGCAAUGAGGAGUAUGCAUGUAUGAAAGCCAUUAACUUCCUAAAUCAAGACAUUAGAGGCCUGACUAAUACAUCCCAACUGGAGCAGUUGAAUAAACGGUAUUGGUACGUGUGCCAGGAUUUUACAGAAUACAAGUACCCACAUCAGCCAAACCGUUUUCCGGAUUUAAUGAUGUGUUUGCCAGAGAUACGAUACAUUGCAGGAAAAAUGGUGAAUGUUCCUCUGGAGCAGCUGCCCCUCCUUUUUAAAGCCGUUCUUCAUUCCUGCAAGACAAGCGUGAGCAAAGAGUGAGCCUCAUUGCCCCGAACCCAUGCCUUACUCUGGUGCUUCUGGUGGGGAACUGGCUCACAUGUGAAGAGAGAGCGGAGGAAAAACCAUGAUCAAGGCAGUAGGGAGCUGCUGAGACAGGGCGGCAGGUAGCCCUGUCAUUGUAGCAAGAAUCUUUUUUUUUUUUUUUUUUUUUUUUGUUUUUAAACUUUUUUCCUAUAUAUUUAUUUCACGACAGAGUUGAAUGUAUGAUCUUCAACACAGUGCACAUGGUUCUGUAUGAAUGCAGCAGAUGCAUUCUCUUGCAGUUUACAGAAUGUGAAGAUGUUUAAUGUUACAGUGUUUGUUAGGGUUAGUUCUUUUGUAUUUGGGGGUCUCGGGGCCGAUAUGACUAAGACUACCUCAAUGAGAAGAUGCUGUUCACGUACUGAUCAUUCCAUGAUUCAUAUCCAAAGUGUUUGCCUAAAAAGCAAACUGCCUCACUCCACUGGGAGAGCUGUUAGCAUCCCAAAUGCUGGAGUGCGUUGGAGGAGUGUGAGUGUCAGAGAAGUGCCAAGCUUCAAAAAAGAUAAGUGGGUGAGAAGGUGUUACACCAAAACCAGAAUUUGGGUACCCCCAGAAUAGCCAGCCUGUUUAUUGUUAUAAUCAAUCUGUUCUCAUUAAGGGUGGGUCUCCAGAGUGGCUAAAGGAAUACUUGGAGGACACAGAUACAGCCAUGCAUAAAUUAUUGACACAAGAAGUGUUCCAAAACAAGGCACCUUUUAUUGAACAAUUUCUUGACAUAGUAACAAUCUAAACACACAUCCCUUAUAACAAGUUAAAGAGCACCUCAAAUCACAUUGCCUUAUAGCUUGAAACAAUACUGAGUGGAUGCUCCCUACUUUAGAUGGUCAGUCUGUCACAGAUAGCUGACAGCCAUUUUGAGAUGUCCAUUAAUUUUUACAUGUAUAAAUCCCUUUCACAGUCAACACAAAUGCAUACAUCUGCAUUACCCCCCCCCCACACACACACACAUGCAGACACUAUACUAUGCUAUGCUAUAACUAUACCUGUUACUCUGUCUGACAAACUUACUUAGCUGACGGCACAGUAUCUUUUCCUGUUUUCUUUCUCUCUCCCACUCCUCUGCUGCAUUCUUCUCUUCUCCCACUGCUUACUGCUGCUUCUCCUUCGUCUCACUCUCACCUCUUUCACGCCUUCCCCUGCCUUCUCUGCUCAGCUGCCUUCUCAACCUCUCAACUGUCAGCUGCUGCUGACUUUUAUACCCUACUUUGCUAACAGUCACACGUCAGUCAUUCCAUUUGACUGUUAUUUACCUCAGUGUUAUGAUUUUUCAUUUGUUGUUUACUACCUUCUUUUUCCUGCCAAUUCCUAGUGCUUCGUGACCUGCAGCUGUUAGCCAGUGCUGGAGUGACUCUUGCUUAUUCAGAAUGGAAGCCAGGAAUCUAGGGAUUUCAAAAUGGAAUUUCUCUGGUAUCACAGGGAGAAAUGAAGUUUAGCUAGUUGACCAAAAAAAAGUCUUCCUCGGUUUUCAAAUGCAGCUCUCAUGAUGUAAAUUGGGUCCCCCUGAAAUUCUGUCACGAGAAUUGCAGCAUUCCAAGACUGAGAAAGGUCCUUAGCCCAUAUUCCCCUUCCCUGGGCUAUACAGAAUUUGUUCUCUCUCUCUCUCCAACUGAUGCAUGAUUAUUCUCUCACGACUCUCCUACCAAACUGGAAUUGUGUCGUUGUAAUUAAUAACAGGCUUUGAAUGGGGAGGCAGAAAUAAGCCAGGCAGACUGCAAAUAAUUUAAUUAUUGGCUAAAUGCUCUCUCAGAAUCACAAACUGGAAAAGCAUUCUAAGAAGCCAGGGCAAUAUAUGUUCACCAUGGCUAGAUCUGGCCUAGUUUUUUAAAUCACUCCAGUGAAGAUUUCCUACUACAGUAGUUACAAGUAAUUCACAUCAGCGAACGCUUCAAACCUAUAAGCUUCUGUCCCUCCUGUGGAUAAAAUAAAUGUGACUUCCAAUAAGAGAUUUCAGUAUCCUCUCCUAUUGGCUGUCUGUUGAACCUUGGAGAACAUAUGGGUAUAAACCAAGUCCUGCAUGUACCAUUUUACUGCGUGGAGGGGAGUGUAGUAGGAAAAUCUGGCUGGCUCUUAGUACAAUUCAUGUAUAUUACUUCUAAAUCUCCCAGAAUUUAGAUGUUCCCCCUAGUAACUUCAGUCACUUGCAUUACACCAAAAAUACUUGAAUUGCUGCUGUUCAACGUGUAUUACUGUCCGUUUAGCCUCCGUGUCCUCCAUGGCUUCCUGUAUCCACGUGAUUGCUGGUUGCGGAAGAGUUUCUUUCUGUUUCCAUCAUUCAUAUAUUUAUGAAAUCUCACUUAUUCUAACAGGCAGCCAUGUUGCCUUUGCUGAAUUUUCUGCUGGGACCCUUAGUUGUGAAUCUGUUGUUUUGAGUGGUUACAUUAGGCUGAUUGAGACACUUUUGAAUGUUAAAGAACCUGUUAUUUUUAAACUACCUUCAGUUCUUCAGGAAACAACUUCUGCUCUUCUGGGGUGGGAGUAACUAUCCUUGCCAUCCUCUGUCCAGUCAUGACACAUUAUAGUGUAUGGCACAAAUUAAAUAUGUGGUCAGGAGAAGCAGUUUUUCCUUCUGAACAAGCACCUGCUCUCCACUGAAGUACUGUACCUGCUAGUGGGUAGAAAUGAAUUGAGUGAACAGCAGCAGCAUAUCAUUCAGUCCAACCCCAAAUGCUACCUACAGACGAGUGUAGUAGCAGCCCAACAGCCGUUGGAACUUGCUAGCUUGGCACAUCUCUAGGUUAGUCAACAGUUAUUCUGUACAAUCAGUGCAAAUGGAUCCUGCCUGCAAGAGAUGAAGACUGCUCCAUCCAAAACCAUCUCAUCAGAGACAAGCUGUUGACUAACUAUUUAGACCAAAGGCAGUGCUGCUGUCUUUAAUUCUGCUUUGUGAAUCUUCCCACUUGAUUUUUUUCCUUGCUUUAGGUAGUCCACUAGCUGCUGAGAUACUUUCUUAAAAUAAGAUGUUACGGGUAACAGCUGCUGGGAUCAGCAGAAGUCCACUUUUAUAUCGCUUGAUGAAUCCAAAGUUAGUUUCAUGAAUCUUACUUGCUUUCUGUUUAUAAAAUGAGACAAGCACAUAUUUCUCAGGAAAGUCUUCUGCAUUACAGUAGAUACCUCAAGUCUAUAUGGGAAGAUUUUAGUGUAUCUGUUUGUUUCUAAGUUAGGAAGUAUUGCCAGCUUUAACUUUCAUUUUCAAAUAAUUCCACGUGAUACUUGUAUUACAGGUUAUCUUCUGGCUUGCUUAGACAUUUCAGGAAUAAUUUAACUGCACAGAAGUAAUCUUACUCCAAAGUUAUUAGAUGAAUAAGGGUUUGUUUUAAUUAGAAGAUCUCUAUGCUAAAAUUAGAAAACUUGUUUUUGCCAAAUACCUGACAAAAACAUCUAUUUUGUACUCUGUCCAAAAUGAAUUGACUCCUCAGGAAAAUGCUGCGCAAAUGUUUAAUAAACUUGAUGGGGGUGGGGUGGGGGAUGUGCUACUACUUGCAACUAUGUAGACCAUUUUUGUAAAUGUCGAUUGGCAGCAGUAUCUGUUAACAAACCCCUUGUAUUGCAGUGAGCAUAAAAGCUGUGUUAAAUUGACAAGCAAGAAUGAGACUAACAUACCGAACCAGAACCUAACUCGCUGGACAGUCAUUAAUGUCUUCUGCACCAAGUCCUCUAAUGACUUGUGUUUUUUAAACAGGGUAAAGUGAAUGUGUUGCAUUGCAAACUCAGGUAUUAUGAUGAGAAGAUAGGAAUGUAGCUAGAAAUGUAGCGACAUUAGGUCAAUCACUAGAUGUACUUGUGAAUUUGGUUUGAAGGACAUACUACAAAAGUUGGAAUUGUUUGUCCAAAUCUUCACAUAACAUUCGGUUUACAGGGAACCAUAUUUUAUUUGUGCUUAAUGCUAGUUGGGUAAGGAUGUUCAUUAUCAUUGGUAUCUGCUGUUGCUUAUCUGGCCUUCUGUCAUAGAAGACUCAAUCAACAAUAAUCAUUUUUGGUGGAAUUUUCUGCCAAGACUAGUCAAUAUUUCUCUCCGGUUUGAAAGAUAACUCAGUUGAUCCCAUCCUUUCCUUCACAGUAUUUGUGCAAAUGUAAAUCUGAAGAGUUUUUUUAAUCCAAACAGAUUUUUGGAUAUUAAUUUGAAGUGCAUAUGCUCACAUAUUCAGAGAGGGACACAGGCCACUGCUUUCAGUGCUGAAGGAACUGGACUUAAAUGCCAAUGACUUGGCACCACAGGCCAUGAUUAAAAGCCCACUGAAGUCAGUUGGAAUCUUUCCAUUGCCCCUCAGGGCUGUGAAUAAGCCCAUAGAAGCACAACUUGAGCUGAAAGAGUAAAUUUUUACUUCAUUAGCUUUAGCAGUAGUAGGCUUUUAUCCUCUGUGGGGAUCAGCAACUAGAAGGGGACAUAACUCACAAGCCAAGUGUGUCAUGCCAGCAAGAAGCUCAAAGCCAGUUAUAUCUAUACGUUGUUAGUUUCAUAAACACCAUGGACUUUGGGUUCUCACCGAGGGGGAGGGGCCUAUCAGGUUUACACUGAGCAGCACUAAUACAAGGAGGCAAACUUACAACCAGAGAUGACCCUGUGGCUGCCAAAAGUGGGGGGCGGGGGGCGCAGAGUGAGGGAAGCAGCUUCAGCAGUGUUACUGAGCAUGCUCAGUCCAAGCCAAGCAGCAAAUCGGAGGGGGGAAGCAGGUGACUCUCCAUGACCCUCCCCCCGUGUCACCUCUGCUUACAACCAUGUAUAACACAUUCAGUUGUCUGUGUGACACUAAACGUUCCUUUAGUACCACUGACAUCUCGAACUGUCUGUGCAUCAAAAAGUCUCAUUUCUCAGGUUGGGGCAUAGGCAACAAAGCACAGCAUUGUCGUGCUCUCAUUUCCUGCUGCUUGUCAGGUUUGUGUAGGAAGACAAGAACCUUCCAUGGGCCAUUACAAAACAUAGGACAUUAAGGGAAGCUACCAUUGCAACCCCAACAGUGCACACAUUGUGUGAAGAGAUGAAAUGCCUCUUCCUAAGCUGUGCCCAGCCACCUGAAUGUAUGAAAUACGAACAGCUAGUAGGUAUCGUGUUAGGAAGAAGCUGAAGUCUUUAUUACAAAUAUUAAUUUCACACGCGCAGUUACCACUCUUUGAAUGUUAAUAUCUUGGCUGCUUUAACCCUUUCCCUCUCACUCCUAAAGCCUUGAGACAAUGCUGUAGAGUAACAUGUGCUUUUCAAUGGUUAGUGUAGCUGUCCACUUUCCCAUGUCUUCAGUUACUGAACUUUCUUAUCCACAGUUGCAUAGGCAUAAAGACCAAAGAGCAGACCACACCUUUGAAAACUUAUCAAUUAAAAGGUCUUUUCCAGAUGCAGCUCUUGUGGGUUAAAUGCUCAGUGUUGCUGUGUAUAUGUGGCAGUUUACAAGCUGAGUACUGAAUACCCUCAUCAUUGAAAUGAAAAUGGCCCUACUGUGUCAGGUUUGUCAGUUCAGAUAUUUAUUGGGCAGUCUUGAAUCUGCAAAAUUGGGCUGGACUCUGGCAAGAUUCACUUCUUGCUUCCAGCCAGCUCAGUGCCCCAGGGGAGCCUCUUCCCAAUGUUGUGGUGCUUUUGCUUCUUGUUGGAGCCCAAAAGUGCAAACGCAGCUGCAAAAUUGAGGUGUUGGAGGUAAUCCUUCAGAGAGGCUCAGGUCAAGAAGUGGGGAAAGGGCUGAGGGGUUCACUGUGCCUGAUCUGUUCCUGUGUCCCUCCUGAAUAUGUGUGCCUGAGCACUGGGCUGGACUCCGCUAUGCACAGGGCUGACCCUGAGAACCUGCUAAAGUAAAUGAGAAGGUUCACAGGAAAUGGGAUUUUUCCUUCUCCUGAGUAGGAAGAUUGGAGACUGCUUCAGGUCUUGCUUGUUGUCUGCCCUGUAUGUCCCAUACUCCAUUAUGUUGCUGCAUUACAGGAUCUGUGUGCUGGUAUGAACAAACUCUUCAGACUUCUGCACAAGCAGUGAUGAAGUCAUUUCUGCUUCUUGGUUUUAAAAGUCCUGUCCUUCAAACCAAUCUUUUUUUAAAAAACUUGAAUUUCUUUUAUCUUUAAUACUUUUAAAAAGGAAAACAACAACAAAAAUCCCUCCUGUGAAUGUGCUCUCACCGUUGGUGGUUCUUGGUUGGUUUUGAUUUGAAGCUAUGAAGCGCGGUGCCUGUGAUGAUGUGAUUUCUGUAUUUCUCAGGGUAAGAAGCGGCAAUCAUCCCUGCCACAUAAAAGGCAGGAGAAGGGGUGAACGUAGGGAAGUAGUUUAAGUAUGCAGCGAAUUUGUACGGUUUAGAUGAUGUGUAAGUCAGAGACGACAAUACGUACGAUGUCAGCGUCAAGCGGUGGCGUUUCUUUGGGUUCUCGAUGCGUUGCUUGCGACGCGCACAGAAGCUCAGGGAUAUGUAUUUAAAUGUGACCCACUGAAACCCUAAUCUUGAUGUUGCAACAGUAGCUUCUUUCGUGGCCUGUUUGGAAGCCCGUUAUGAUCUGAGUAAGCAUCUCCACAUCUGGAUUUUAGGAAGAAAAAUCUGGCUUUGUUUGUGGGGAGUUUUUACAUCAGUGGCUUGUGCACAGUCAGGAACAACAAGUAACAGUUUCCUUCAGAUCCACAUUGCCUGUUCUGAGCUAUUGCAAAUCUGUAUGAAGACACCCUGAGUUACAUCAGGUCAGAUGCUGUGACUGUGUGGAUUAUAAUCGUUAGCGAUGUCAGUCUGUCAGGGCAAACUGGUGAGAGAAUGCUGAUGUGUUGACAGGAGAAAAUGUCCAAGAUGGUUGCAAACUACAGAGGAAAUCAUGGGAUGGCCUGGAGGUGGCCUGUAAUACCACCCCCCUUCCUCCUCCUCCCCCAAUUAAGGCUUCACUAAACUUAACAAAAACAAUAAAAUAUAGAAAUGCCUUGCCCUCCCCCACCCCAGUGUACCCAACAGUGCCCUCUGCCGAUCUUGAUGAGUAUCUUUAAUGUGACACCUAGGGCUGUCAAGCGAUUAAAAAAAUUAAUUGUGAACACUGUUGUUAAUACAGUAACAUUUAAAUAUUUUUGGAUGUUUUCUACAUUUGAAAAUAUAUUGAUUUCAUUUACAACACAGAAUAUAAAGUAUACAGUGCUCACUUGAUGAUUUUUAAUUCAAAUAUUUGCACUGCAAAAAAAUAAAAAAAUAGUAUUUUUCAGUUCACCUAAUACAAGUACUGUAGUGCAGUUUCUUUAUCAUGAAAGUUGAAGUUACAAAUUUAGAAUUAUGUACCCAAAAAUAAAACAAUAUAAAACUUAAGAGCCUACAAGUCCACUCAGUCCUACUUCUUGUUCAGCCAAUGGCUCAGACAAACAAGUGUGGUUACAUUUGCAGGAGAUAACGCUGCCUGCUUCUUGUUUCCAGUGUCACCUGACAGUGAGAACAGGUGUUCUCAUGGCACUGUUGCAGUUGGCGUUGCAAGAUAUUUAUAUGCCAUAUGUCCUAAAGAUUCAUGUGUCCCUUCAUGCUUCAGCCACCAUUCCAGGGGACAUGCAUCCAUGCUGAUGACAGGUUCUGCUUGAUAACAGUCCAAAGCAGUGUGGACCGAUGCAUGUUCAUUUUCAUCAUCUGAGUCAGAUGCUACCAGCAGAAGGUUGAUUUUCUUUUUUGGUGGUUCUGAUUCUGUAGUUUCCGCAUCAGUGUGUUGCUCUUUUAAGACUUCUGAAAGCAUGCUCCACAUCUUGCCCCUCUCAGAUUUUGGAAGGGACUUCAGAUUCUUAAACCUUGGGUUGAAUGCUGUAGCUAUCUUUAAAAAUCUCACAUUGGUACCUUCUCUGCGUUUUGUCAAGUCUUCUGUGAAAAUGUUCUUAAAAUGAACAUGUGCUGGGUCAUCAUUCAAGACGAUUAUAACAUAAAAUAUAUGACAAAAUGCGGGUAAAACAGAGCAGGAGAUGUACAAUUCUCCCCCAAGGAGUUCAGUCACAAAUUUAAUUAACACUUUUUUUUAAUGAGCAUCAUCAGCAUGGAAGCAUGUCCUCUGGAAUGGUGGCCGAAGCAUGAAGGGCCAUAUGAAUGUUUAGCUGGCUACAAAAGUGCCAUGUGAAUGCCUGUUCUCACCCUCCGGUGAGAUUGUAAAUAAGAGGGCAGCAGUAUCUCCCGUAAAUGUAAACAAAACUUGUUUGUCUGAGUGGUUGGCUGAACAAGAAGUAGGACUGAGUAGACUUGGAGGUGCUGAAGUUUUACAUUGUUUUGUUUUUGAGUGCAGUUAUGUAACAAAAAAAAUCUACAUUUGUAAGUUGCACUUUCACAAUAGAGAUUGCACUGCACUACUUGUAUGAGAUGAAUUGUUUGUCAUUUUUACAAUGCAAAUACUUGUAAUCAAAAAUAAUGUGCACUUUGAUUUCAGUUACAAUACAGAAGACGAUAUAUAUGAAAAUGUAGAAAAACAUCCAAAAUAUGUAAUAAAUUUCAAUUGGGUUUCUGUUUAACAGUGCAAUUAAAACUGCGAUUAAUCAUGAUUAAUCUUUUUGAGUUAAUCGUGAGUUAACCAAUUAAGCAAGAACCCUAGUGACAACAUCACGUUCUGAGAAAACGUCUCUGGGUGCUCAGAGAGCUCCUGGCACGCUGUGCUGGGUGAACAGAGGUCCCAGAACUGUAGUAACACUGGGCACUUCUACAUUUCCCUCUUCAAAGCACUUUACAAAUGGCUUGUGCUUUCUCCUUCAAACACUUCAUUUUAAAAAUGUAAUAAAUACAGUGCCAGGCUCCGUGAUGGCACCCUGAGGACUCUGCCAUCACGCGCUUUGUAAAGUGCAGCUUUCUCACUGCAGACCUCCUAGGGACUAGGUGCAUUCCAAGUGCUUUAGAAUUGUACUGAGAGAAUGUCCAAACCAGCCCUAUUCCCUGAUUAUAAUCACCCCAGGUCGUCUCAGGGCUUGUCAUUAUGGACACUUCGUAUAAAUCUACACCACCAUCCUGCUGUGCACUAACUAGCCGCCCCUGCUCACUGAAAGGUCCUGGUACACUUUUCCCUACUGAUGGCUGAAACAGCAGUAGGUCAAAGUACACUAGGGAACUUGAGUGCACAGCACCAUGGUCUGUACACUAACCUUGUGCACUGUGCAGUGAGGUCCAUACAAAUAAGCCGUCAGAUGGGCAGAAUGACAUAAUCAGACAACAGUCAGUAGCCAUCCCCAGUCAGCAGCCUGGUGUGCCAGUAUCUGGAAGCUUGAGCUUGGCUGUCCAUGCUCAGAGAUGUUAGCCUACGAUAGGUUUAUUCUCUCACUUUGGGAGAAAAGUCUGACUGUGCACUGACCGCUAACAAGUGCCUGAAAGAAGCAACGUGGUUGGGUGGAAGAAACGCCACCAAAGACAGAAAUAAAUAAACCAAACGACAUGCCGAUCAUCCUCAGCAAAGCCUUUUGUGAUUGUUUUCUUUCAUUUUAUAAAAUGUCUUGUAAUAGUUGAUAACAUUAUUGACUCAAUUUCCAUAACAAAACUACCUCUUGUGUGACAUCCUGUUUAUCAUCUCAAAGGGAUUGUGUGAAAAACAAAAUACUGCUCCUCUUUCUGUUUACAUGUUUCUGAUGAAAAAUGUGGAGUGUAAAUGUCUUUGGUUUUGUUGCUGUUUCGAUUUAGUUGUUGGGUUAUUGGUCCUUUAACAGUUGCUGCAGCAGCAUUUGAAUGUUCGGGUGAUGUUUUGUGAUUCUGUUGAUCAGACCUGAAACUCCAAGCACCACCAAGGUGGAGAUGCCUACCGGGCUGCUCAGGUUUUGCUGAAACUUCAGUGAGUUUCACUUAGGCAAUGGCCACCUUCAGGAUUUCCCAUGGUGUCAGCCAGCCAUAUCACUGCACCAGUGCAAACCUCUAGCACACAGGCACAGUCCCUGCUGGCUGCACUGGUGCAAAUCACCACGUGUCCCCAGACAGCAGGAGACCAAGAAAACCAAAGCUUUGCACUUUUCUCCAGAAGGUGCCCAGGCCUCUCCAAGUUGGUUGCUGUGCUUUGCAAGGGCUACCUGCAGCCCUUGCCCAACGCCCCCAUCUGGUUUGGUUUAACACACCAAGUAUGAGCCGGUUGAUGCAAAAUGCAGCUUUCACCAACUAAAUUGAAUUUCCUCUGACUACAUCACUGGCAUCUCGAAAGCCCUAGAACGGAGCCGCACAAUGGGCACUGAACAGAUGCAUGACAUGUAUGCAUUACGUUGGUAGCCAGGGAUUUCCUCAGGGUCCUUGUGCACAUGUUCUGUGUUACAGACAUUUACAGCUUACAAAGAAAAUCAGUCCAGAAACCAUCCCUGUUGCAUUGGCCCUUUGUCUCGCCUGUUCCAUGUGGCAUAUCUGCAGUCAAUGUGCCUUCCCCUCACAUUGGGACUGGGCCCUGUCAACAGAUGUGCUGCAGGGGAUGUGUUUUCAUUCAGUCAAGCACAGCAAAACUUUUUUUCCCAUGAUCCCUUGCAUAAAUCAGGGAAGCAGGAUGUCACCUCAACAUAACUAAUAGUGAGCGUUUAACUGUUAUGUUUAACAUGCUCGGAGCUGGAGUCUAGACAGGUUAGCAUGGCUGGUCCCUGCCUUCCUCCCCCAUGGAUCCCAGCUGCACCUCGGGGGCUGGUCUCACUUCCCAUCUCAGGAGCUCGCUCUUGUCACUACACUAUGACCAAAUGAAUAUUUCUCCUGGUGUGUCCUGCUUGUGCUGUGGGGCCCGCCCUUCACCCGCUGGUGGGCCGACGUGCAGGCUGCUCAUGUCUCACCUGUCUCUGCUCUGUGACUUGACUACCUGUGGAAAUGUGACCAAUAAGUGUUAAAGGCAUGUUUAGCAAGUGUUAGCUGUUUGAACUAAUAAAUGUGAAUUGUUCUGCA